AUGAGAGGAGCAACUGGCCGGAAUGGAGGACGACGCUGGUCGCGCUACAAGGUGGACAUCGCUGCUCUCAGCGAGGCUCGCUUCCCCGAACAAGGCCAACUGGAGGAGGUGAGUGCCGGCUACAUUUUCUUCUGGAGCGGCUGCCCAAAGACAGCGCGACAUCCGGGACGAUAUCGUGGGACAACUGCCCUGUCUGUCGCAGGACGCCAAUGACCGCCUCAAGAGCCUGCGUCUGCCUCUUCCCGCUGCCAGAUUUGCCACCAUCCUAGGUGUUUACGUCCACCCCCCGCCCCCCCCCCAAUAACCAGCUCCGACAAGGCGGAGACUAAGUCCCACGAAGACCUGCACACCCUCCUGGCGACGGUGUCAAAGGCGGACAAGAUGGUCGUCCUCGGUUACUUCAACGUCCGCGUCGGGACAAACUACGCAGUCCGGAGGGGAGCGCUGAGUCCCACGGAAUCGGCAGCUGCAACGACAAGGGCCUCCUCCUGCGAACCUGCGCAGAACACCGCCUGCCGACGCGGAAGAAGGCGAUCCAGAUGCAUACCCGAACGCGGCGCUGGACUACAUCCUCGUCCGGAGGUGAGAGCGACAGAACGCGCUAGUGACCAAAACUAUCUGUGACGUCGACGGCUGAACCGAUCACCGCUGCGUCAUUUCAAAGACGAGGCUCCGACUGUAAUCCAUCAGGAGACCACAAGGUAAGCGACCAUCCGUUGGAUUUGCCUGUUUACCGCUUACAUUUCGGCAAUCAAUUAGCCCAGUACCUGGGAGAACUGUCGGCCCCGGACGACAACGCCUCCGUGGAGACUCAAUUGUGUCGAUUGCGGAACGCCGUCCGGACCACUGCCUUGAGCCUUCGCGGACGCGCACGUGGUCAGCAUCAGGAGUGGUUCAACGACAACAAAGCAAACAUCAGCAACCUGCUCGCAGAAAAGCGCAGUCUGCACAAAGCCUACAUCGACCAUUGGAUCAACGACACCAAUGCAGCCUUUUCCCGAUGCCGCCGUCUCGUGCAAAAACGUUUGUGGGAGAUGCAGGACACCCGGAUGACUCGUAAAGCCAAAAAAAUCCGGAGAUAUGUAGACAGCAAGGAAACAAAGAUGUACUUCGCAUAG